AAAAAACAAAAACAAAACAAAACUUGGGAGAGGAAGGUGGACGUAAAUCAAGAUCCUUUUAAAUUAUAAAGAGCUCUGAUGGGCUAUUUGGGUGAUACCCAGUGCAGUGAACUGCAGGAUUUUUGUCCCUGAGUCAUGGAAGACAGAAGAGCUGAGAAGUCAUGUGAACAAGCGUGCGAAUCACUUAAGAGGCAGGACUAUGAAAUGACCCUCAAGCACUGCACAGAGGCCCUCCUUUCUCUUGGCCGGUACUCCAUGGCUGACUUCACAGGGCCAUGUCCACUGGAGAUAGAAAGCAUCAAAAUUGAGAGUCUUCUUUACAGAAUUGCCUCAUUUUUGCAACUGAAAAACUAUGGGCAAGCUGAUGAAGAUUGUAGGCAUGUGCUGGGAGAAGGCCUGGCCAAGGGAGAUGGUGCCUUUCAGGCAGUGCUUUGCUGCAUGCAACUGAAAGGAAAGCUUCAACUGGUAUCCAGCAUUCUUGCCAAGUCACUGACAGGAGAGUCCCUGAAUGGGAUGGUAACAAAGGAUUUGACAAGACUAAAAACACUUCUCACAGAAACAGAGACAGCAACUAGUAACGUCCUCUCUGGAUAUCACGUGGAAGACUUGGAAGGGGGAUCUUGUAAUGGUUGGCAUUUCCGCCCACCACCUAGGGGAAUCACAAGCAGCGAGGAAUAUACUUUGUGUAAAAGAUUUUUAGAGCAAGGAAUCUGUAGGUAUGGUGCGCAGUGUACUUCAGCACAUUCCCAGGAAGAACUAGCAGAAUGGCAGAAAAGAUAUGCUUCACGCUUGAUAAAAUUGAAACAGCAAAAUGAGAAUAAACAGCUCUCAGGCAGUUACAUGGAAACCUUGAUAGAAAAGUGGAUGAAUUCAUUAUCUCCUGAGAAAGUGCUUAGUGAAUGUAUAGAAGGAGUAAAAGUAGAGCAUAAUCCUGAUCUGUCGGUUACUGUCAACACCAAAAAAUCUCACCAGACAUGGACCUUUGCUCUUACUUGUAAGCCUGCAAGAAUGCUGUAUCGUGUAGCAUUGCUUUAUGAUGCUCAUCGUCCUCAUUUUAGUAUCAUUGCAAUAUCUGCCGGAGAUAGUACUACCCAGGUAUCACAAGAAGUCCCAGAAAACUGUCAAGAAUGGAUAGGAGGAAAGAUGGCCCAAAAUGGAUUAGAUCAUUACGUGUAUAAAGUCGGGAUAGCAUUUAACACAGAAAUAUUUGGAACUUUUCGCCAAACCAUAGUUUUCGACUUUGGAUUGGAACCAGUACUCAUGCAAAGAGUAAUGAUUGAUGCAGCUUCUACAGAAGAUCUUGAAUACCUGAUGCAUGCAAAACAACAGCUAGUAACCACAGCUAAGCGUUGGGAUUCUUCCUCUAAGACUAUUAUAGAUUUUGAACCUAAUGAAACUACUGAUUUGGAGAAGAGCCUUCUUAUCAGAUACCAAAUUCCUCUCUCUGCUGACCAGCUGUUUACCCAGUCCGUUUUAGACAAAUCAUUGACCAAGACCAACUAUCAGUCACGGCUGCAUGACCUUCUUUAUAUUGAGGAGAUAGCCCAGUAUAAAGAAGUUAGCAAGUUCAACCUUAAAGUGCAGUUGCAGAUUCUGGCAAGUUUCAUGCUCACUGGAGUUUCUGGAGGUGCAAAGUAUGCUCAGAAUGGACAACUUUUUGGUCGCUUUAAGCUUACUGAAACGCUUUCUGAAGAUACUUUGGCUGGACGGCUGGUGAUGACCAAAGUCAAUGCUGUUUAUUUAUUACCAGUCCCUAAAGAGAAGUUAGUACAGACCCAGGGAACCAAAGAGAAGGUUUAUGAAGCUACUAUUGAAGAAAAAACAAAAGAAUAUAUAUUUUUAAGGAUAUCCAGGGAAUGCUGUGAAGAACUUAAUCUUCGGCCUGAUUAUGACACACAGGUUGAACUUCAGUUUCAAUUAAAUCGAUUACCCCUCUGUGAAAUGCAUUAUGCGCUAGACAGGAUCAAGGACAAUGGGGUUUUGUUUCCAGACACCACUAUGACUCCAACCAUACCUUGGAGUCCCAACAGACAGUGGGAUGAGCAGUUGGAUCCUCGGCUAAAUGCAAAACAGAAAGAGGCUGUUCUGGCCAUUACAACUCCACUUUCAAUACAGCUGCCUCCUGUUCUCAUCAUUGGACCCUAUGGGACAGGCAAAACAUUCACUCUAGCUCAGGCCGUCAAGCACAUACUCCAGCAGCAGGAGACGAGCAGGAUCCUCAUUUGCACCCAUUCUAAUAGUGCUGCUGACCUCUACAUAAAGGAUUAUUUACAUCCAUAUGUAGAAGCAGGCAAUCCCCAGGCAAGACCUCUCAGGGUAUAUUUCAGAAAUCGCUGGGUAAAGACUGUCCACCCAGUUGUGCAUCAGUACUGUUUGAUCUCGAGCGCACAUUCCACCUUUCAGAUGCCACAGAAAGAAGAUAUUCUUAAACACCGAGUGGUUGUUGUUACAUUGAAUACUUCCCAGUACCUCUGUCAGUUGGACCUUGAACCUGGUAUGGUUUUUUUUACACACAUCCUGUUAGACGAAGCUGCCCAGGCCAUGGAGUGUGAAACCAUUAUGCCUCUAGCGUUAGCAACUAAAAACACUCGGAUUGUCUUGGCUGGUGACCACAUGCAGCUCAGUCCUUUUGUUUACAGCGAGUUUGCCAGGGAGAGAAACCUUCAUGUUUCAUUACUUGAUCGACUCUAUGAGCAUUACCCUGCCGAGUUUCCAUGUAGGAUCCUCCUAUGUGAGAACUACCGCUCCCAUGAAGCUAUCAUCAAUUACACCUCUGAGCUCUUCUAUGAGGGCAAACUGAUGGCCAGUGGAAAGCAACCAGCGCACAAGGAUUUCUACCCACUAACUUUCUUUACAGCACGAGGGGAAGAUGUACAAGAAAAAAAUAGCACAGCUUUUUAUAAUAAUGCAGAGGUGUUCGAAGUGGUGGAACGUGUGGAAGAGUUGAGAAGGAAGUGGCCAGUAGCGUGGGGGAAGUUGGAUGAUGGCAGUAUUGGUGUGGUGACGCCAUAUGCUGAUCAGGUGUUCAGGAUACGUGCUGAACUUCGAAAAAAGAGAUUAUCUGAUGUUAAUGUAGAAAGGGUGCUAAAUGUUCAAGGAAAACAGUUCAGAGUUUUGUUUCUUAGUACAGUACGUACAAGGCAUACUUGUAAACAUAAACAGACACCGAUUAAAAAGAAAGAGCAGCUGCUGGAAGAUUCCACAGAGGAUUUAGAUUAUGGUUUUUUAUCUAACUACAAACUUCUCAAUACUGCCAUCACAAGAGCACAAUCCCUGGUUGCUGUGGUGGGUGAUCCCAUUGCUCUGUGCUCUAUUGGAAGAUGCAGGAAAUUUUGGGAACGGUUUAUUGCCCUGUGUCAUGAAAAUAAUAGCCUACACGGAAUCACUUUUGAACAGAUCAAAGCUCAGCUAGAGGCUUUAGAACUCAAGAAGACGUAUGUGUUGAAUCCGCUGGCACCUGAAUUUAUCCCCCGGGCUCUAAGACUGCAGCAUUCAGGAAAUACCAACAAACUGCAGCAGUCACCCCCCAAGGGGAAAAGCCUCCAUCAUACCCAGAAUGAUCAUUUCCAGAAUGAUGGAAUUGUUCAGCCCAAUCCUUCUGUACUUAUUGGCAAUCCUAUUAGAGCAUAUACUCCUCCACCACCUCUUGGACCUCACCCAAAUUUGGGGAAAUCUCCAAGCCCUGUUCAAAGAAUAGAUCCUCACACUGGGACGAGUAUUCUUUACGUACCUGCUGUCUAUGGAGGGAAUGUAGUUAUGUCGGUGCCUUUACCUGUACCAUGGACAGGGUACCAGGGCAGAUUUGCAGUCGAUCCUCGGAUCCUUACGCACCAGGCAGCGAUGGCCUACAAUAUGAACCUCUUACAGACACACGGACGGGGGUCUCCCAUACCAUAUGGCCUUGGGCACCACCCGCCUGUCAGCAUAGGGCAGCCACAAAACCCUCAUCAGGAGAAGGAGCAGCAUGAGCCAAGUCGAAAUGGUAAAAGUGAUACAAAUAACCCUGGAUCUGAAAUUAAUAAGAUUCGAACACCAGAGAAAAAGCCUACAGAAUCAAAACAGAUUGAUUUGGAAUCAAAUCCACAGAACAGAAGUCCUGAGUCGCGUCCUGGUGUUGUUUAUCCCAAUACCAAAUUUCAUCGCAAAGAUAAUCUCAACCCGAGACACAUUAAUCUUCCUCUCCCUUCUCCCCAUGCACAGUAUGCAAUCCCCAGUCGUCAUUUUCAUCCCCUUCCCCAGCUACCCAGACCACCGUUUCCAAUUCCCCAACAGCACGCUGCCUUGCUAAAUCAGCAGCAGAGUAAUUUGCCUGAACAACCAAAUCAGAUGCCACCCCAACCAAAUCAGGUAGUCCCGCCACAGAAUCCGUUGAACCAGCUGACUCAGCAGCCACCUCCUCAACUUUCUCCUGCCUAUCAGGCAGGACCCAACAGCGCUUUCUUUAAUAGUGCGGUUUCUCACCGACCACAGUCCCCUCCUGCAGAGGCUGUGAUUCCUGAGCAGCAUCCCCCUCCCAUGCUGCAAGAAGGCCACAGUCCUCUGCGAGCCAUCGCACAGCCCGGCCCCCUCCUUCCUUCACAUCUGAAUAACUUCACUGAUGAGAACCCCCCAGGAUUGCCUAUAGGGGAGGCUUUAGAUCGUAUGCACGGGGGUGUAGCUCUGGAAACACUAAGGCAGCAGCAGCAAGUGCGGUUACAGCAGUGGAACGAGCAUCACGCCUAUCUCAGUCAGGGCAGUAUUCCGUACCCACACCACCACCAUCCUCAUCCUCACCUCCAGCAUCUUCCUCAGCCGCCCGUCGGGUUACAUCAGCCGCCAGUGAGAACAGACUGGAAGCUCCCCAGCAGUGCCGAAGAUGAAGCAGAAACAACAGACUCAAGGUUUCAAGACUUAAUCAGAGAACUAUCUAAUCGUGAUCAAAGUGAAACACGGGAACUAGCUGAAAUGCCACCACCUCAAUCAAGACUUUUGCAAUAUAGACAAAUUCAGACUAGGAGCCCACCAGCAGUCCCAUCUCCCCCAUCCAGCACAGACCACAGUAGCCACUUUUCUAACUUUAAUGACAACAGCAGAGACAUUGAAGUAGCCAACAACCCAGCAUUUCCACAGCGCCUACCGCCCCAGAUAUUCAGCUCGCCUUUUUCGUUGCCAUCUGAACACCUUGCCCCUCCUCCCUUGAAAUACCUGGCACCUGAUGGAGCAUGGACUUUUGCUAACUUACAACAGAAUCACCUAAUGGGGCCGGGUUUUCCCUAUGGCCUACCUCCAUUGCCUCACAGGCCACCGCAGAACCCUUUUGUACAAAUACAGAAUCAUCAACAUGCUAUUGGUCAAGAGCCAUUUCACCCAUUGUCAUCUCGAACAGUAUCUUCUUCUUCGCUCCCUAGCUUAGAAGAGUAUGAACCCAGAGGACCUGGUCGGCCCUUGUACCAAAGAAGAAUCUCAUCUAGCUCAGUCCAGCCUUGUUCUGAAGAAGUAAGCACUCCUCAAGACAGUCUUGCUCAGUGUAAAGAGCUUCAGGACCAUAAUAACCAAUCUUCUUUCAACUUUUCAUCCCCGGAGUCCUGGGUAAACACCACCUCAUCUACCCCCUAUCAGAACAUUCCGUGUAAUGGAUCCAGCAGGACAGCUCAGCCCAGAGAGUUGAUAGUUCCACCCAAGACCGUCAAAGCCCCUGAGGAUCAGCUGAAGUCUGAGAACCUCGAGGUGUCCAGUUCCUUCAACUAUAAUGUGCUGCAGCACCUCGGCCAGUUCCCCCCUCUCAUGCCCAACAAGCAGAUGGUGGAGUCGGCCAACAGCAGUAGCCAGCAGGGCUCUGGGGGCAGCAAGCCCACCAUGUCCUAUGCCAGCGCUUUACGGGCCCCUCCCAAGCCCAGGCCCCAGCCUGAGCAGGCCAAGAAGAGCAGCGACCCCCUGUCUCUAUUCCAGGAACUUAGCCUGGGGAGCUCAUCAGGCAGCAAUGGCUUUUACUCCUAUUUUAAAUAAUCACUUUUUUUUUCCCUCAAGGGAGAAUGUUUUAAUUUCUGUUUGUAUCAGUAGAAUUAAGAUAGUUGGACUUCAUCUAUAGAUGCACAGUUCCCUUUGUUUUAAUAUUAAAUACGUUUCACUUAAUUGCUUUGCUGCUAGACUUGCAACUAAUUUUUUUAAAAGUAUAUUCCAUUAUUUUGCAUUUUUGACGUGAGUCUUUUGACAGCUUUUAUGUAGAAUAAAAAAUAUUUUUAAAUUUGUGUAUUGUUACAUAUGUUUGCAUCAAGCUAGCAGCUAAGAGGUUAAUUGUGCAACUAUAAAAAAAAGAAAAAAAACUUUGUCUAAAAUGUAUUUAAAAAGAAAAAAAAUUGUAAGUAGCAUUUACAUUUAUUCAAUAAUAUUACCAUAUGCUGGGUUUCUGUACCAGAAAUGGCCAGUUGAUGUACAAAUGUAUGUUAUUUUUGCUUAAAUUCAUUUAAAAUUUUUUAAAAUAAAGGGGCAGCAUCUUCUAAAUACUUUAAGUUUUAUCAGCUUUUUUUUUUUUUUGUGACAAGAUGCUGCAUUCUAAAACUUUUAUAGUUUUAGACUAUGUAUGAUGUGCUGUUGUAAUCUCCAUCCACUGUAGGAUAGAGUUAAAGGCAUUC